CGCACUCUCGGUGAACUUCAGAAACAAGCUAUCUGGCUUCAGAACAGAAACCUAAGGCUUGAAAACAAGCUUGACAGUGUCAUGUCAAGACUUCUCACAGUAGAAAUACUGCAUGAUCCAAGUAAAUGCAUGUAUUACGUCGGACUGCCAAACAUUGAAGUUUUCAAAAGCUUACUUGACCACCUAAAACCUCUCGCUAGUGAAAUGACAUACUGAGGUUCGAACCAGAAAGGCGAAAAUGGCCCUCGUGGGCAUCGAAAAGAUAGUGAAAUAGAAAAUGAGUUUUUUAUGACCUUGCUUAGGCUGAGAAGAGGAAUGGGUGGUGUCGAGCUAGCACGCAACUUCCUAAUAUGUGAAAGCCAGGUUAGCCGCAUCUUCACUACAUGGGUGAAUCUGCUGCAACGAGAGCUAAAAGAAUUGACAACACUGCCUCCUCGGGAAGCCUUACAACCGUACCUGCCGAAGUCAUUUCGAGACUUUGCUGACACAAGACUGGUCCUCGAUGCAACUGAAGUGAGAAUUCAACGAUCAUCGUCGCUGAGUGCCCAAAGGCAAACAUUUUCGCCAUACAAACAUAAUACAUACAAGGUGCUUUUGGGGUGCACCCCUGAUGGGUACAUAGCAUUUGUUUCCCGCCUUUGGGGUGGGUCGGUGUCCGACACGACGAUCCUGGAAAGCAGUAGACUACUCGACGAGAUGGUAGAAGGAGAUGCAGUCAUGGUGGAUAAGGGUUUCACCUUCCCCUACUUACCACCUGGAGUGACUGUAUACCGACCUCCAUUCCGUCAGCGCCAUCAAAACCAGAUGCCACCAGCUGCAGUCCAUGAAACGCGGCGCAUUGCCUGUGCAAGAGUUCAUGUUGAACGGGCUAUUCCACGCGUGAAAAGUUUUCAUAUACUCGACCGCCCAUUCCCAAUUUCCAUGAUUGAUAUUGCUGAUCAUGUGUUUUAA